CCAGCCUUAUGAUAUAUGAUCUUAAUCUCUAUCAUUUGCUCCAGGUUUCAGGUGAAAAAGAAGCAGUUUUUUGUUAACUUUACUACUAUCACGCUCUUUGGUGCUGUUGGUACAUUAAUAUCCUGUGGCAUCAUAUCACUAGGGGUUACUCAGUUCUUCAAAAAAUUGGAUAUUGGUUCACUGGAUAUUGGGGAUUAUCUAGCAAUCGGUGCAAUAUUUGCUGCCACGGACUCAGUAUGUACAUUGCAGGUGCUUAAUCAGGAUGAGACGCCUUUACUCUACAGUCUUGUAUUUGGGGAGGGUGUUGUAAAUGAUGCAACAUCAGUGGUACUUUUUAAUGCAAUCCAGAGUUUUGACCUCAAUCAUAUCGACCCCAGGAUUGGUUUGCAUUUUAUUGGCAACUUCUUUUAUUUGUUUCUCACAAGCACAAUGCUUGGGGUGAUAACUGGGCUGCUUAGUGCAUACAUCAUCAAAAAGCUGUAUUUUGGAAGGCACUCUACGGAUCGUGAAGUUGCUCUUAUGAUGCUCAUGGCAUACCUUUCAUAUAUGAUGGCUGAAUUGUUCUAUUUGAGUGGCAUUCUCACGGUAUUCUUUUGUGGGAUUGUGAUGUCCCAUUACACCUGGCACAAUGUGACUGAGUGUUCACGAAUCACUACCAAGCAUGCUUUUGCAACCCUUUCAUUUGUUGCUGAGAUCUUUAUCUUCGUUUACGUUGGAAUGGAUGCCUUGGACAUUGAAAAGUGGAGAUUUGUCAGUGGCAGUCCUGGAACAUCUGUUGCUGUGAGUUCAAUACUGCUAGGUCUGAUUAUGGCAGGAAGAGCAGCCUUUGUUUUCCCCUUAUCAUUUUUAAUCAACUUAGUUAAAAAAUUUCCAAAGGAAAAAAUCAACUUCAGGCAACAAGUGGUAAUAUGGUGGGCUGGUCUCAUGAGAGGUGCUGUGUCUAUAGCACUCGCUUAUAAUCAGUUCACAAUGUCAGGGCAUACUCAAUUGCGAGGAAAUGCAAUCAUGAUCACCAGCACCAUAACUGUUGUUCUCUUCAGCACAGUGGUGUUUGGUUUGCUGACUAAACCUCUUAUAAGGUUCUUGCUUCUACAUCCAAAACACACAGCCAGCAAGGUACAGUCAGAUCCGUCUACUCCAAAAUCAGUAACUGUGCCUUUUCUUGGAGAGGGGCAGGAUUCUGUGCCUCUUCUUGGAGAGGGGCAGGAUUCUGAGUUUGACCUACCUGAAAUUACCCGACCAAGCAGCAUACGUGCACUCCUGGCCACUCCUACGCACACUGUUCAUCGGUACUGGCGUAAAUUUGAUGAUGCCUUCAUGCGCCCUGUAUUUGGUGGCCGGGGUUUUGUUCCCUUUGUUUCUGGGUCACCAACCGAACAGAGUUUUCGUCAAGGGCAAUGAGAAGGUGGCCAAGCAAAGAUGUAGAAUGUGUUGUGGAUGAUUGCAUACAUCUUCUGGACAGUAAGGCACCACAUGCCUUUGAACCAGCUUGUGAAAUAUUUGCUUCUGCACUGGGAAUAUCUCAGCGGGAAGGCCCAGAGAGCAUAAAGGAUGUGGUUGCAAUAGGGUAGUGCGAAGGCUGUGCACCAUAAUCUUUUGAAACUGCUGCAUAUCAUGUAUAGCUGAUUGUACCGAUCAAAAAGAAAUCAUUUAGAGUUGGUUGUGUUUGCCCCGGGCUUUGGAAGGGGUUUGCCCUUUUUUUUUUUAAUAUGUCAGUUGACAUCGUGGUUAUUUUUGUGAUAAUAAGAUGUUGGGUGUUGUUAAGUUAUUGUGAUGCCUGCAUUUUUCAAUGAGUUGUAAUUUUCUCAUGACUAAACAAAGAGAUCUCAUCGUCAAUGAUAUUUGGAUAAGGGUUACGAUGCU